AAUGAUUGUCAUAUAAAUAAUCUGUUCAUUUCUUUUCUGACAUUAGUUGAAAUAAAAUAGUGAUUCGUUAAAUGUUAAGUUGUGGAAAUUAAUAUUAAUUUUAAUAUGUUAAGGCUUGAAUUCGGUAAAUUUUCGCAUUAGAAAACGAGUAAUGUUAGAGGAGUGAGAAUGUGCGGAUAUAACCGUAUGUGCGAAAGCCUGUUUCAUUGACACUGGAUUACUGAACACAAAAAAUAAAAUCGUAAACCCAACAUUUUGUCAAACCGUCUGCUGUUUUUUCUACACGUAUAGGCAAACAAAUCAAACGCCAAGUAGGCACAAUUGCUUACGUUAACGUUAAUAAAGUUGUUUGGAACAGAAGAAGCUGUCGAUAAUGUCAUCUGCAUCUAUAUUAGGUGUUAUUCAACAUUACCAAAAAAGUAUCGAGCAUUCCCAGGACGAUGAAGGCAGACUUUUGCAUUGCAUCAACAAGUUGUAUAAAUUACCUGUUAAAGUCGAACAUUUACAAGAGACCGGAGUUGGAAAAACCGUCAAUUCAUUACGCAAAUAUAAUGGAGAAAUUGGUGUUGCAGCAAAAGCUCUGGUCACCAAAUGGAAAGCUAUGGUGGCAGCUGAAGAAGAGCCAGCGGAAGUCAAUAAUUGCAAUGACGAUGAUGACAUGAAUAAUGCCAAUGGAAACGGUUCAAGUGAUGAUGAUCGUCACAAUCACAGCGAAAGAAAGCCUUCUCCACAAGAACAUACUCACUCCAAUACAUUAACUGAAAAUACUUCAAAAGAUCGCCAAAAUAAGCACAGAGAUAAAAGUAAUUCAGAACAUAAAUCUAAAUCACAUAGUGAAUCAAAGACACACAAACAUGAACAUUCAACGACGAAACGUAAACGAGAUGUGGAACAAGAAGAAAAAGAAUUAUUAUCCCUCGAAAAGAAAUCCAAACAUGAAGAUCGCAAAAAUGAGGGUAAGAAUCGUGAAAAUGAUAGGCAUAAGUCGUCAGAUGAGAAAUCGAGUCGUCAUCGUGAACAUGGUGAGAAACAAAACUCAAAUAGGGAUGCAAAAACUACCUCUUCUUCGACAACACAUCACAAAAAUAGUGGUGACUCCAAAGAAAAGAGAGAAAACGUAAAGGGUGCGAAAUCGAGUGAACAUUCGAGUUCGACAAGGCGAGAAACGAAUUCUACGUCAGAGAAAACAAGCAAACAGGGUGAAAGCGAAAAGCAUAGAUCAUCUAAGGAUAAAGAUAGGCAUGAACGAUCAAAAGAGAACAAGCAUGACAAGAGUAAAUCUUCAUCCAAAGCCACCUCACAUCGCGAUAAACAUCACAACUCCUCCGCAUCACAUUCUUCUAGCACCAACAAAAAGCCUUCUACCACAACUAAUGAGCAAGCUACUCCGUCGUCAACACAUACCAAAGAUGAGAGUAGAAAUAGCAGCAGAAAACGUCAACAAGACAGUGAUUCGAACGAUUCUACUCCAACGAAAGCCAAGAUAUCGAAGACACCAAAAGCCAUCAAACAAAAAGUUACCGCUAACGAUAAUGAGGAGGACGAAGUUGAUGCGGACGAAGGUAUUGAUUCGUCGAUGGGCGCGAAUUUUGCCGAUGUUCUGGGCAUGCUUAACGUACCAACAAAGAAGGCGAAAAAGUCGUUAAGCACCAACAAGUCCCCUACUGUCAGUACUUCGAGCAGGAGUACGUCGAAUGAUAAGGCGAGCAGUAGUUCAAGUAAAAGUGCUAGAGCUGAAUACAAACCGAGUCCAAUCAGCUCAGCAAGUACCUCAACAAAACCGGUAGAUGCGAAACCAGAUCUGUUGUCGGCAUCGGCGAAAUUGGCGCCACUCGAUCCGAAUAUUGCGCUUGAACUGCCAACGAUCUCAGCCAAUUAUAAACCGCUUCCACACAAUAAGACUGUAAUGGAUUGUAUUUACCGUAAUAGCUCGGUAUUGAGCACUCCUAAACCUGUGCGCACACUCACAGAUGCAGAGGCGCUAAGUCAUGGCAUCUCAUCGAAAACAAUGCGUACGAAAAUAUACUCCGGUGUGAGAACAGGUCAAAUCCUGCAAGUACCAUCCCUAUUUGAUCUAUGCAUACGCGUCUUGCAGAAGAACAUCGAUGGUCUGGAAUACACUGGCGGUGUACCGUUCGAUGUGCUACGUCCCAUUUUGGAUCGCGCCACACCACAACAGUUACUCUCGUUCGAAGAAUACAAUCCAUACUUGAUGGAGGACAGCGAUUGCUUGUGGCAGACACAUGUGCAACGAAACUAUCGUUCCAAGAAGCGCUUGGAAAUGGAGUCGUGGCGUGAAAUGUAUUUGCGUUGCGAAGAGGAAAAAGAACAAAAGUUAAACAGCCUUACGGCGACUAUCAAACAAUCGCAGAAAGUUAUUGCGGCGCCCGUGCGAAAGACACAGCUGGCAUUCGUGGAUUCGAUGGUGAAGCCGCCGCGCAGCGUUAUGCGGAAGCAGGAACAAUUCGGCACGAAAGCCAAACUGGUGGCCACACCAGCGGCACGCGUCUCCGCGCUAUCGAGCGUCACACCGAACGCAGGCAAAGUGGGUGAUACGCGUUUGCGCGUAGCGGCUACCGUACGCGAUGCGGCGCAAGUUUCUCAUGCGCCUAUGCGUGCGAAGAAGGCACCACUCAUGGCGAAAACGUUGCAGUUUAUGCGUGGUCGACACAAGCGUUAAGCUUACUUUAUUCAUUAGGUUUUUGUUUGUUACUUUGUGUUCGUUCGUCUACUGUUUGUUAAAUAAGGCCUCAAUCAAAAAAAAAAAAAGUUUUAAUGAAAUUACAAUGUUACAAUAUGAUUACGCAUAUUUUCAUAUAAAAACUAGCUGUAUACUCGUAUUCAUUAUAUAUAAGAAUACUAAAAAAAACCAGAUUAUUUUAAUUUAUAAAAUAAAAAAUUAGUUGCAUCACAUACACACACGCACCCUCAAAUAUGCGUAUUAGUAUAUUUAAUUUAAAACUUCGUAGAUUUUGCUUUAAGUUGACCGUAGUUUGCGUUCAAAAAUUGUUUUCACACAUUUGUCUAUAGAUUUAAAGCCAAUGUAAACAACUACACACAUACCUACAUGCAAAUAGGUAUGUUUGGCAAGCACUAGGGCUGUGCUAACUGUUAAACAUUAAAAAAAAAAAGAUUACAAGCCAUUUGUAACAUAGUUAAAGGUAUAUAUAGCAUUAAAAUAGGCAAUUUCUGAAUAAAUAUCAAAUAUGAAAUA